AUGGAGGGCAUUGACUUUAUUACUUUAUCAGUUUGUCUUUUGGCGAUUAGCGUUUAUGGAUUGUUGAAAUCAAAACAAACAGUGAAUGAAGAAAGGACCGCAAGAAGUGCAAUGGUUGGAUCCGGUGCGUCGGUCUGGUCCGUGACACUUUCCGUUUGCUCAGGAUUUAUCUCAUCGAUAUCACUACUUGGUUUUCCUGCGGAGGUGUAUUAUCAAGGUGGAAUGAUGCUUUGGUUUGCACCAAUGUACGUGAUAGCCUUUCCACUGGUCGCAUACGUCUUUCUACCGGUUAUUUACAAUCUGAGGCUAACAACUCUGUACGAAUACUUUGAGAGAAGAUUCAAUUAUAAUUGUCGAUUCGCAACGACAACUUUAUUCUGCAUUCAGAUGAUUUUAUACAAUUCUGUCGCUCUUUAUGCUCCAUCAUUGGCUAUUUCUUCAAUAACAAAAAUUCCAAUUCUUUUGUCGAUUUUUAUUACUGCUUUUCUGUCCGCUACUUAUAUUUGUGUGGGUGGUGCAAAAGCUGCAAUUCAUACAUCUGCCCUUCAAAUGGCUCUCAUUUUUGUGACAAUGACAUUCAUUAUAAUGGCAUCUUUAAAUGAAACAACACCAUUUGAAGUGUACAAAAAUGUCGUUCAAGGAAACCGCCUCAUUUUGAAUGAUUUUCGUGUGAAUCCCACUAUUCGCCAUUCUGUUUGGUCUUUAAUGAUUGGAGGAAUGGGAAAUGUUGUAAGCCUGUUUGCUGCAAAUCAAUUGAGCAUGCAGAGGUAUUUGGGAAUGGAUUCAUUAAAAUCAGCACAGAAAGUUGCGCUUCUUAAUAUCGUCUGUAAUACGCUUAUUUUGUUUUCUUAUGUUAGCGUGGGCUUUCUUAUUUAUUCGUAUUACAAAGACUGCCAUCCUAAUAUUACUAAUGCGAACGAGCUUCUUCCGCAAUACGUGACAGAUGUUCUUUCAAAGUAUCCAGGUGCAGUUGGAUUAUUCGCGGCAGCCGUUUAUAGCGCAGGCAUAAGUACCCUGUCUGCAUCGUUUAAUGCAGUUUCCUCAAUCUUGAUUAACGAUGUAUGGAAGCAUUUUCGUUUGCGAAAAAAUAUGGGAGAAAUGAGCCACGAACAUGUACAAAAAGCGAUGAGAUUUACACCAAUAAUUUUGGCUUUUGCUUCAAUUAUCGUAGCGGGGAUAUGCAGCCAAUUGCAGAGCAUUGUCCUUCAAUUAUCUUUCAUCGUAUUUGGUGCCGGCGGCGGACCCGUCCUUGGCUCAUUUGUGGUCGGGUUAUUCUGCCCUGUUGUUAAAGGUCGCGCGGCAUUUAUUGGCUUCGUUUUCGCUGUAAUUGCAUGUUUCACGGUUUCUAUUGGGAGUGCCAUUCUCAAAGUUAAACCAUAUCCGUUGGAAUUAGGUAGUUGUGGUGACCCGAGUAAUUCGACAUUCAACAUUGAUAAUCUAGGAAGAAUAACGUCUACUCCAUUAAUGUUUGGAUUGGACAGGAUCUUUGCGAUUUCGUAUCAAUACUACAGUGUCAUUGGAGUGGUUACCAAUGUUCUAAUCUCCAUUGCUGCUCAAAAGUUCUAUGCUCAAACGAGCCAAAUAAUGGGGGAGUUGGUUCAACGCAUACUCACGACAUCUCAUUUUCGCCCUUCUGUUAUAACAAUCAACACGGCUGCCAAAAUGAAACGGCUACAACGACUCAAACGUCAAUACUCAACUAUGGAGCAGGUCGAAGUCGACGAUAAGAAUGAUGGCACUCCCCAGGAGUCACAUGCCAAACCGAGAAUUGAUAAUGACGAUCACUUGUUUAAAUAUCCUGGAAAUUUACGCGGUGUGAAAAAACGGCGCAAACUCGUUGAAAAAACGACGGUUAUCGCAAAGAACCCCAAUUGUGUUACAAAAAAUGAGGAAUCUGCCAAAAAUGAGAAGAACGAAAACACCGCUAAGUCGAUGCAGAAUUCUUCGGAAUCAUAG